AUUAGAUCUUGAUUUCUUCUUUCAAGCGCCCGUUUACAUUUCCUCCAUUUCUCUGUUCCUUGAUCGUCUCUAUCUUCACGUCUUCGGCAAUGGCGGAUACUGAAACCUUUGCCUUCCAGGCCGAGAUUAAUCAGCUUCUCAGUCUCAUCAUCAACACUUUUUACAGCAACAAGGAGAUCUUUCUCCGAGAACUUAUCAGCAAUUCCUCUGACGCUUUAGAUAAGAUCCGUUUUGAGAGCUUGACUGACAAGAGCAAGCUAGAUGCUCAGCCUGAGCUCUUUAUUCACAUCAUUCCUGAUAAGGCAAACAAUACGUUGUCGAUUAUUGACAGUGGUAUUGGAAUGACCAAGGCCGAUUUGGUGAACAAUCUUGGUACCAUUGCAAGAUCUGGGACCAAGGAGUUCAUGGAAGCUCUUGCAGCUGGCGCUGAUGUGAGCAUGAUUGGACAGUUUGGAGUCGGUUUCUACUCUGCCUACCUUGUGGCUGAGAAGGUUAUUGUUACAACUAAACACAAUGAUGAUGAGCAGUAUGUAUGGGAGUCCCAAGCUGGGGGUUCCUUCACAGUCACCAGGGACACAUCUGGUGAGAACCUUGGCCGAGGUACUAAGAUUACCCUGUACCUCAAGGAAGAUCAGCUUGAAUACCUUGAGGAGCGUCGUCUUAAGGAUUUGAUCAAGAAGCAUUCUGAGUUCAUUAGCUACCCGAUUUCUCUCUGGGUCGAGAAGACCAUUGAGAAGGAAAUCUCUGAUGAUGAAGAUGAGGAAGAGAAGAAGGACGAGGAAGGAAAGGUUGAGGAAGUUGAUGAAGACAAGGAAAAGGAAGAAAAGAAGAAGAAGAAGAUCAAGGAAGUUUCCCAUGAGUGGUCCUUGGUGAACAAACAGAAGCCUAUCUGGAUGAGGAAGCCAGAAGAGAUUACAAAGGAAGAGUAUGCUGCUUUCUACAAGAGCCUUACCAACGACUGGGAGGAGCAUCUAGCCGUAAAGCACUUCUCUGUUGAAGGUCAAUUGGAAUUCAAGGCUAUCCUCUUUGUUCCCAAGAGGGCUCCUUUUGAUCUCUUUGACACAAAGAAGAAGCCAAACAACAUUAAGUUGUAUGUUCGCCGUGUCUUCAUCAUGGACAACUGUGAGGAAUUGAUUCCUGAAUACCUUGGAUUUGUUAAGGGUAUUGUCGAUUCUGAGGAUCUUCCCCUCAAUAUUUCUAGAGAAAUGUUGCAGCAGAACAAGAUCUUGAAGGUCAUCCGCAAAAACUUGGUGAAGAAGUGCCUUGAGCUCUUCUUUGAGAUUGCCGAGAACAAAGAAGACUACAACAAGUUCUACGAGGCCUUCUCCAAGAACUUGAAGCUUGGUAUCCAUGAGGAUUCCCAGAACAGGCCUAAGAUUGCUGAACUUCUCCGUUUCCACUCGACCAAGAGUGGUGACGAGUUAACAAGCCUGAAGGAUUUGACCAGAAUGAAGGAAGGCCAGAAUGAUAUCUUCUACAUCACUGGUGAAAGCAAGAAAGCCGUAGAAAACUCUCCUUUCCUUGAGAAGCUCAAGAAGAAGGGUUACGAAGUUCUGUUCAUGGUUGAUGCGAUUGAUGAGUAUGCAGUUGGUCAGUUGAAGAAAUUUGAAGGGAAGAAGCUUGUAUCAGCAACGAAGGAAGGUCUGAAACUUGAUGAGAGUGAAGAUGAAAAGAAGAAGCAGGAAGUUAAGGAGAAGUUCGAGGGGUUAUGCAAGGUGAUUAAGGAGUUUUGGGCGACAAAGUUGAGAAGGUUGUUGUUUUCUGACCGUGUCGUGGAUUCUCCUUGCUGUUUGGUAACUGGUGAAUAUGGGUGGACAGCCAACAUGGAAAGAAUCAUGAAAGCUCAGGCAUUGAAGGACAAUAGCAUGGCAGGUUACAUGUCAAGCAAGAAGACCAUGGAAAUCAACCCUGAGAACUCCAUCAUGGAAGAGCUCAGAAAGAGGGCCGAUGCGGACAAGAACGACAAAUCCGUUAAGGACCUUGUUCUCCUCCUUUUCGAGACUUCUCUUCUAACUUCUGGCUUCAGCCUCGAUGACCCAAACACCUUUGGAAACAGAAUUCACAGGAUGUUGAAGCUUGGAUUAAGCAUUGAUGAGGAUGCUGGAGAGGGCGAUGCUGAUAUGCCUCCUCUUGAGGAUGCCGAUGCCGAUGCCGAGGGUAGCAAGAUGGAGGAAGUCGAUUAAUUUUGAACUUAAUACUAACCAGUAGCAUCUUUCAAGAUUUCCCUAUGUUAUGCUUUCAAUUUACAACAUAUAAUUUGCCCAGUCAUUUAGGUUAGUUUAUGCCUUACCUUUUCAUGCUAUUUUUCUUUUGUUUCCCGGUCAAAUGUUGCGUUUUCACAAAAUUUUGUGGCCAGCUUAAGUGAUGGUAUAUUUUACUCACAAUAUCUGUAUGUUUCACAUCUCCCUUGAAUUUUAUUGUCUGACUUUGUGCUCAAAUGCGCCGCGUUUUGUUGAAGCUUCGCUCAAUCUAGUGGGCCACGUGUUGAAUUU